CAAGUGCUGUACAGUACAAGCCCCCUUGACACCACCCCCCGGAAUUUUUGGGGCCCCCACGCGGUGCCCAAGGGACCAGAAGGUGGGCAGGGGUGGGGAGCAUACCCUUGUCUUUCCGUGACGGUUUCCACGGGAAAGACUCCCUUCAAGCACACUGAGUCCAGGACCAGCCUGACCACAUACCGUAUCGUAGACCGCUAG